UUUACAGAUAACCUCGCAGUAUUAUAGCGUCUUACAGUGUUUUUGAGACAUCUAGAAAUUGAAUUUGGAUAAUUCUUUCGAUUCUGCGUUAUCAUGCAGGUCUUUAAAUCACAAUAAAAAAAUAAAAUGUAUAUAAAAGUAUAUUUCUCUGUGUGUGCAAGACAUAGUCAGUACCACCUAUGCUCGCAGAACGAAGAAGAGAAUAUAUUUUAUUCAUUGGCUAUAAAUCGCGCAUGAAAAUCGUCUUGGCAUGAUAAUAUACAGUAAUAUACGUAAUAACACCCGCGAAUGCAUGACAGCCAGUCUUGUUAGCAACAAUAGAACCCAACUUAACCUACAAGACUUGGCUUGAGGUGAAACUAGGUUUUGUUCGAGCAUUGUCUCGUGCAUGUUAUAUACGUCUCACGUUGACGUAACGUUGACGGAACGUCAGUAAGUGACGAAUGAAAUGGAAACUCACGAGAGCGAACAGUACGUGACGUUUCCUCUUGACAGUGUACAUGAUGCCAUACAAGAGAAUAUGAUAUCUCAUGAGGAGAUAUGUGAACCUGUCGAAUGCGUUGACGAAUGUGUCCUCCAAGAGGACCUUACGGAAGUCUCAGUCAGUAACGCUAACAAUACUGAUAUUGCUGAGUCGCAUGAAGCUGUUGAAAUUCUUACGGAACAGUCAGAUGAAGAAGAUGACAAUCAGGUGGUAUACCCAAUGUACAUCAAGCAAGAGGAGCAGCAGCAGUACACAUCAGGUGACGAUGAAUCCAUGGCUGUGGAAGCUUUGCGUCAAUUGGGUGGUAUGUAUCCAUGCUUCGAAAACAAGAAAAUCAGCUGUCCAAUUUGUAAGUGUCUCUUUACUCAAGAAGAGAUGGUUGAACAUCAAUCUGUAUGUACAGUGUCUAAACUAUCCUGCAUCACUUGCGGUGAGAGAUUUGAAAGAAAGAUUGAUUUGAAUAAUCAUAUGGUAUGUCAUCAGGUGGAUCGUCCUCAUGCGUGCAGAACAUGUGGCAAUUUGUUUCGUUCUAAAAGCAGUCUGCAAGCACAUAUGCUGCAGGUACAUCAGGUCGAACGUCCACACAAAUGCACUAUCUGUGGCUUGGACUUUCAGAGGCCCUCCAGCUUAUCUAACCACAUGAAGAUACAUACGUAUGUUGCAGGACGAGCGAUCAUGCAAUCACAGGGAAAUAAUAUAUCUCAAUCAGUGGAAACAUUUAGGAAGUGGCCAGAGAAUGCGUCUGAUUCACAAAAUACAUCUCAAAUGCCAUCUUCAUCUGUUCAAUCUAUACAAAAUUAUGAUGUAUGUCAAGUUCAAUGGCCAGUUUCAUCAUACAAUUUUCAUAACGAACAAUCGACAGUUACCACAAUAUCGAAUCAUCAGGAGAAGAUGGAUACGCUACAAGAAUUCACGGUAAUGCCUAAUGGUGAAGUGACACAAUUCAGCGAGUAUACUGAGCAAAACAAUAUCAGUAAUCCAGUCAAUAAUAGUCAACACUACGAUAUAUCGAUAAAUUCGUUUAAUACUCCCGACGGAAUAGUCAAAGUCGAGACGCUUUCGUAUAAUAAUGCGAACAAAAAAAGUUAUGGAAAAAUUGAAACAAACAGCAGUAAGCACUACGCGUGCAAGCAUUGCGGAGUCAAUUUUUCACGCGCGACCGCAUUGGCAUCUCAUGAGAAGAUUCACACUUCUAAAAACUGGAACAUGCCAAUCGAGUGCGAAUACUGCGACAAACAGUUUCAAAACGGAAAUCAUUUAGCGAAUCAUCAGAUCACUUGUGCCAAGAAGAUAAUGCAAAACAAUAUAGAGCAAGGCGUGCCUAACAGUAAGUGGGGCAAACAUGCUUGUUCCGAGUGCGGAAAAAAAUUCACGACUAAGCAGAAAAUGUUUCGUCAUCAGUGGAUCCAUCGGAAAAAGACACACUCAUGCGAAGUAUGCGGUUUGCAGUUUGAGAAGCAAAACGAGCUGGACGAGCAUAGAUUGUCUGCGCAUCCCGGAGAUUCGCCAUUCACUUGCACUGAAUGUGGAAAGAGCUUCGUGUCGCGACAAGGUCUCUGGGAGCACGGUAGAACGCAUGCCGGAAGUCCGGCGCAUUUUCAAUGCGACACUUGCUCGAAAACCUUUUCGUCUCGCCAAGGAUAUUUAAUACACAAUCGUACGCAUACUGGGGAACGACCGUAUGGCUGCAAGUUUUGUUGGAAAGCGUUUCGAGAUGGUGGGACCUUGAGGAAGCACGAACGGAUUCACACCGGAGAAAGACCGCAUGUGUGUCCGUUAUGCUCGAGGGCUUUUAAUCAGAAAGUAGUCUUGCGUGAACACGUUCGAUGGGUCCACGCCGCGGGAAAGAACGAGACAGAAGCGAGCAGUCCUCCGUAUCCAUGUCCCCUGUGCGGUGCUCUAAAUCAAGACCGCGAUGAACUCUGCGCGCACAUCGUUAAGCAUUCGGAUCAGAUGAUAGCCGAGGCAAAGGCGAAGACUAACAACGAGACCUCUCCAAAGUCGAAAUCAACGAAGAAGAAAUCAUCGAAAUCAACAUCAUUGUGUAACGCGCGGGCAAAGCAAAAUGCUGCCUUGGAGCAUUUCAUCUCCAAGACAGAGCAAAAUGAAGCCUUAUUAUCCAUUACUGAUACAUCUGAUAAAUCAGACGAUUUGCACGUUAUGAACGAGAAGCAGAAUAAUACCUUUGUUGUGGUUACCACGGAAAAACGUAACGACGGUUUUAUAGCGAUAUCCGAGCUUAAGCACAGCAACAUACGGUUCAUUGUGGAAGGCAAGGAAGAUGAGAACAUUCACGUACUUCAAGUGGAUCAGAAUCACCGAAAUACUCUUGAUAUGAUAGCUAUAGAUAAGCAAAACGAGGCACACAUUGUAUCGACAGAAUCCGUAGACAAUGCGCUCGAUGAAACGCUCAGACAAAACGAUAUAUCCACAAUGCACUUAAUUCAAUCUCCUAAACAGAAUAAUACUCUAAAUAUAAUAUCGAAACAGAACGAAUCGCUACCUGUUCUAGCGAUACCGAAUCCCCAGAGCCACGAAAAUUAUUCCAGCCAAAUCAUACAAGUGAGCGGUAGCGAUAUAUCUAUGGAUGUAAUGACUGAGCAAACCUUAAAAGAGGAAAGAGAUCAAGAUGAACAAGAUACUUUAGUAGGAACAUCUCAGGAAGGGACUGCUCAUGUUAUCCAAGUUGUACAGUAUCAACAACAUGAGAGUGAUGAUGGAGAGGAUUUUACUUGUGAGAUCUGCGAGGAAACUUUUGCUGACAAAAAUAUGCUGAAAGAACAUAUUAAGGUUCACAUAUAAUUACACUUUGCUGUUCAUUGCAUUGCUUGUGAUAUUCCACACGCUAUUAAUAUGACUCUAUAGAAAGUAACAAAUGUACAUAUGACAAAUCCUAUCGCACAAAAUUUAUUUAUAAUGCUUUGUUUAUAUGUAAUAUAUUUUAAAUAAGUUUAGUUUCUAUGAAAAGAGAUAUAAUGUUAUGUACAUUUGUUACAAAGUUGAUGUGUAUAAAGUUAGUUUACAAAAAAUACACAUUUUAAUUAAUUAUAUAAGAUACACAUAUCUAAUCUCAUUAGAAAAUGCUAUAAUUAAACAUCAUAUACGUAUUUUUUAAUUUAAAUAUAAAGAUCUAAUUUUUAUUUUAAAUUUAAUUGUAUGUUUUAUUCCUUUUUUUAAUAAAAAACUACGAGAUGUUUAAUAGUUUAUUACAGUAUAGUAAAAUAUCUAUAAAACUAAAAAAUUGUCAAAUUGUCAUCAAAUAUAACAUUUCAUCAUAAUUUGACAUGGAAAUGCAAUUUUUUUAUUUCUAUCAAACAAGAAAUUACUAUAAGAAUAUUUUUUUUAGAUAUAAUAGUCUCAGAUAAAUACAUGUUACAAACACAAAAGAACAUUCUGUUGGCAUUUCUUUCUUUUUUGUGGCAAAAAAUUGCAGCUACAUCAAAUCGAUAUAUCUCAAUUUUAUAUCUUACAUCUUUGUUUUUAAUUUAAACAUACUUCUGGUAAAAGAAAGGUAUUUUCUGUAAAGAACAGAUAUAUGAAUCUUUACUUUUAGUUAAAUGUCAUUUUUUCUUCCAAUUACUGUUAUAAAAAAGACACUAUUGUAUUACAAUAUUUAUUAUUUAUCAAUCAUUACAUUGUCUUUUAUCUUUAGAUUAAUUUCCACAUAUUUAUAGGACAAUGAAAUUUUAAUGAAUAAUUAAUAAUUAAUAAUAAAUUAGCACAAAAUAUAUAUGUUCUUCCUUUUUCCAGGAUAUUAAUAAACAAGUUGCUUUCAUGCAUUUAGAUGAUGUACAUGUGAUAAGAUAUAAUUCUAAAGAAUGAAUUGUUUGUGUAAAAUCAAGUAGAUACAUUCUAUUAUUGAUAUUCUUGAAAGAAAAAGCUACAUCCUGACAAAAGAAACAAGAUCUGCAAUUCAGUUUGUGUUACAAUUUUAUAUACAUAUAUAUUUCUGUUUGUGCAACUUAUGUUACCAACAAAAAGUCAUAUCCAAGUAGAAUGAAAUAAUACUGAAACUGUAAAAUAUGAGGUGUGCAAUAAGAAAAUAAAGUGUACUUUAUUUUGUAAACCAUCCAUUAUUUAUUAUGUGCGUAUUUAUUCAUAUAUGUUUAUUUAUAUGCCACCGUUGUAUAUCAUAUAUUGUAUUUAUAUGUAAAAUUGUAUUAAAAUUAAUAAUUUAGAAAUAACAAAAAAAAAUAUAAAAUAAGACUAUAAA